AUGUUUCAUUCCCUUUUCUUUUUUCCUUUAGAAACCUCUAAUGUUACUAAUUUUCUUCUCUCUAAUUCACUAUUAACUUUCGUCUUCUCUUCUCUUCUAAUUUACUUUCUUUUCCCUCCCACUCUUAUCUUUCUUUUGUCUUUUUCCUUUUUUCUGGUCCUUUCUCUCUCUUCUUCUCCCAGUCAACUUAAUUUACUGCUUUCCCUAUCUUCCUUCCAUUUAUUGCCACCUUUUACUUCUAAAUAUUUCUAUUAUCUUCCCUUUUCCUUUCCUUAUUUAUUUUUUUUUUAUUUUUCUGUUCUCAUCUUUUCACUUUCUUACUUUUUUCCUCCCCAAUUAGCUUGCUUCAAAACAAAUGUAAUUCGCUUUUCUUUCUUUCUUUCGUUUCUUUUAUUCUUUCUUUCUAUCUUUCAUUCUCUUUCAUUCCUUAUUUCUUCCUUUCUUUUUAUAAUUUCAAUUUCAUCCUGUCAUUCCUUCGUUUUUCCUUUAUCUACUUCUUUUUUUAUCAUUUUAUUCUUUCUUACUUUCUUUCUUUCUUUCUUUACACCAUUUCUCACACUAUUUUGUUUCUUCUGCUACUUUUCUUUUCACCUUUCUUUUUUCCUUUCUUUUCCUCUCUAUAUUUCCUUUUUCUGUUCCUCCCUGUUUCAAAUCUAG